AUGGACUUUUUGGUGCCGAAAUCCUUACCACCUAUCGCCACCUACCGAGUCAUGAACCAGGAAGGAAGAGUCCAGGACGACACUCGUGCGCCUCCAGACGUGACAGACGAGCAGGUCCUUGAGUGGUACAGGAACAUGUUGACUGUCAAUAUCUUGGAUACUAUCAUGUCUGAAGCCCAAAGACAGGGACGACUGAGCUUUUACAUGGUCUCGGCGGGCGAAGAGGGAAUCAUGGUAGGAUCAGCAGCAGCACUAGGUCCGGACGAUGUGAUUACGUGCCAGUACCGAGAAACGGGGGUGUUCAAGCAGCGUGGCUACACGCUUAAGGACUUCUUGAGCCAAUUGGUGCAUAACAAGAACGAUCCUGGGAAAGGCCGAAAUAUGCCCUGCCACUACAGUGGGAGAUUGAAAACAGGAGUGCAUGCUGUUGCAUCGACUCUAGGGACUCAAAUCCCCCACGCCACCGGAGCUGCAUAUGCCUUGAAACUUGCAGAUCGAGAGACCGGCAACAAGUCACCAAGAGUCGCGGUUGCAUAUUUCGGAGACGGCGCAGCAAGCGAAGGGGAUUUCCACGGGGCUCUGAAUCUAGCUGCCGUUCGAGACUGCCCGGUCAUUUUCAUUUGCCGUAACAAUGGAUUCGCAAUCUCGACGCCGACAACGGAGCAGUAUCGUGGCGACGGCAUCGCAAGCCGUGGGAUCGGCUACGGCAUUGAAACGUUACGAGUAGAUGGUACAGAUAUCUUUGCGGUCUAUGAAGCGACGAAAGAAGCACGACGCCGCGCUCUUCAGAACGGUGGACGUCCCAUCCUCCUGGAGAUGAUGAGUUAUCGCAUUUCCCACCACAGCACCAGCGACGACAGCUUUGCCUAUCGAACACACGAUGAAGUAAACCCGUGGAAGACCCGGGAUAAUCCGAUCGUCCGACUCAAGAAGUGGCUCGAGAACAAGGGUCUUUGGAAUGACGACAUGGACAAGGAGACCAGAGAUCAAAUACGAAAGGACAUUCUGACUGAAUUGAAGGCUGCUGAGAGGGAGAAGAAACCCCGCUUGAGUUCCGUCUUUGACGACGUGUAUGCAGAGUAUUCGGAGGAGCAAGAAGCUCAGAGAAUGGAACUCAAGCGGCUGAUGGAGAAAUACCCAGAGGAGUACGACGCAGAGGACUAUGAGGGCGGAAUCAAAGCACUGUAA